AUGGAACAAUCCGAAGAUGGAAUUGGUAGUGGGAGUGGGAGUGGGAGUGGGAGUGGGAGUGCUCCAACUCCAAGUGGCGAGAGUUCUCUAGCUCCCCCUAGGCCUAGAGGACCCAUUGAUAAGUAUGUGUCUUCUGAAGCUCGGCAAGCUACACUGAAUUCCAAGCUAAAAAAGGAUGAAAGGAAUGAUGUGUGCCGAAAGAUUGGGCGUUGGUUCUUCAAUUGUGCAAUUCCAUUCAAUGCCGUGAAUAGUCCUUUUUAUUUGCCCAUGAUGGAAGGAAUUUCCAAUUUCGGUCCUGAGUUCAAACCCCCUUCCAUGCAUGAGUUGAAGACUUGGAUCCUUAAGCAAGAAGUUGAAGAUAUUCAAGCAACAAUGGUUGAACAUAAAAACGCUUGGAAUGAAUAUGGGUGCACCAUCAUGUUAGAUGGUUCGACAGAUGGAAAAAAUUGGGUUCUUCUUAACUUUCUAGUGAAUAGUCCUCGCGGGACUUGGUUCUUGAAAUCAGUUGAUGGCUCUGAUACAAUAAAAUAUGAAGACUUGAUGUUCAAGUACUUGGAUGAUGGAGUAGAAGAAAUAGGAGAAAAGAAUGUGGUUCAAGUGAUUACAAUUAAUGCAUCAAAUUACAAGAAUGUGGGGAAAAAGCUUAUGGAGAAGAGGAAGAAAUUGUGGUGGACUCCAUGUGCUGCCCGUUGCAUUGAUUUAAUGCUGGAAGAUAUUAGCAAGUUGACAGUUUUUGAAAAUAUUAUUCAAAAGGGUAAGCAAUUAGUGAAGUUCAUUUAUGGACAUUCAUGGGUCCUUUCUUUGAUGAGGCAUUACACUGACAAUAAAGAGAUCAUCCGUCCAGCGGUGACACGCUUUGCCACUGUUUAUCUCACACUUCAGAGCAUUUAUAAGGCUAAGAGAGGUAUUAUGUCUAUGUUCACCUCCCAAGAAUGGCAUGAUGGUCCAUUCGCUAAAAACAAGGAUGGAGUUGUGGCUUGUAAAAUUGUACUACAUGAUGCUAAUUUUUGGUCUCACGUUGCCUUUUGCAUCAAGGUGGUUAUUCCACUUGUCUCUGUUUUAAGGGAGGUUGAUUCAGAAGAGAGACCUGCAAUGGGCUAUAUUUAUGAGUUGAUGGAUGCAGUAAAGGAGAAGAUUGCCUUCAAUUGUGGAAAUGUGGAAAGAAAGUACAAACCAAUUUGGAAUAAAAUUGAUAAAAUAUGGGGUCCACAACGUCAUCACCCUUUGCAUGUUGCUGGUUAUUAUUUGAACCCGCAAUUGCAUUAUGAAGAAACUUUCACAAACUCUAAAGAAGUGAGGGAAGGUUUGUAUGCAUGCAUGGAUAUGAUGUUGAGUGGAGAUGAACGUGUUCAAGCAGAUUGCCAAUUGGACAAUUAUAUUUAUGCAGAAGGAGAUUUUGGAAGUGAAUUUGUCUAUUGUUGGAUUCUUUUAGUCAAUUGGUGGUUGCGUUUUGGGAGGGAGACACCGGAGUUGACUAAGUUUGCUGUCCGAGUCCUUAGCCUUACUUGUAGUGCAUCUGGGUGUGAGAGGAAUUGGAGCACCUUUGAAUUGAUUCAUACAAAGAAAAGAAAUAGACUUGAACAGAAAAGGCUAAAUGCUCUAGUCUAUGUGAAAGAUAAUACGGCUCUGAAGCAACGAAGUAUUCAAAGGAAGAGAAAGGUUGAUCCAAUAUUAGUGGAUGAUAUUCCCUCCGAUGAUGAAUGGAUAACGGAGGUUGAGGAACCAUCUCUUCCAUUUGAUCCUUCUUGGAUAGAAGAGGAAGACAUAUUUGAUGUUGAUGCCAUUAGGAAUGUGCCAAUUCCUACCUAUGAAAGUGGUCUACAACCUCGAGAGUCAAUUAUUCGUAAGUCUGUUCUCGAUGAUCCUCCUACUGCUCCUAGUGAGCCUACUUUUAAUGAGCGUAUCCCUUCUCCACCUAUCAUUCAAUACAAACGAGGUCGUGUUGAAAGAUCAAGUAAUGAUAUGCGAAAAAGCAAGGCUCCAAAAAAGUUCAUUGAUGGCGGGACGAUAAUAUUGCCAACUCUGUUUGCUAGACGUUGCUUAUGUUACUUGAUGAAUGAUAUGGCACAAGAAGUUCUGGAGAUGUUAUGCAAGCCCUAGUAAUAAACCCUGAAUGGCCCACUGCCUUCUAUCUUCAAGCAGCUGCCCUAAAGAGCCUAGGGAUGGACAAUGAUGCACAGAGGAAGGUGGCUCAUGGGAUAAGAAGGAAAUAUAAAAUUGCAAUGAGGCAGCACCGUUGGUCUUAAUAAAAUGCUUUGCAUUUAAUAAGAAAACAAGACAAUGAAAAAGUCCAUGAUGUUAUUGCUCGGAAGUCUCCCUUGAAUUUGAGCCUUUGACCUUCGUGAAAGUGAUGUGGUUCUACGUCAAGUUGCCCCCCCAUUUUUAAGUUUCAAGCCAUUUCUCUCUCACUUGGAUUGAAUU